AUGUCCUCCGCCAUAGCGUGCCCGUGGAGUCCCCACAUGGACCAACACCAGCACAACCAGCAGCACAACCAGGAACUCUUGCACCCAGAUCAGCAGCAGUUCCGCCUUUCCCCAGCCCACAUAUCCUCUCCCACGAGCGAAAGCCCGUUCACGUGGCCGUUACCUCCCGCGUUAGAUUUACCGUCCACUGACGAGUUUCUUCCCGACGAGGCUUCUCCGUGCUGGAUUUGGGCUCAGCAGCAGCCAUCAAUCCCCGCCGCAGUUUCCGCCGCAACGGCCUCUGCCGCGCAGUCGGGCUCAGCGCCAGCCAUGGCGACUGCAGUGGCGACACAAGCCACGUGGGAGACCACUCCCGCCGCCAACUGCGGCGCAGCUAAUGGAUUCCGACCUACCGCAGACGCUGCCGUGCCCGCCGCCUCCGCCUCCCACUGCGCUUCUUCCGGAGUAAGCUUCCCCGCAACUCCCGCUUCCCCCUCGUCCGCAUCCGCUCCUGCCGCCACCACUACCCUUCCGCCACCCGCUUCCGCCGCCUCCGCCGCCCCCGCGCCGUCUCCGCCGUCCCUCCCCGUGGCGCAACUGGAAGAGCUCCUUCUCGACGACUGCGGAGUCCUCGAGAUCUCCAUUCCCCAGCGCCGCUUCCCCUCAUCCUUCCCCCCAUCCUUCCUCUCAUCCGCGGCGACGGGAAGCCUCGCGUCAACCCUCCCCACCGCGGGGACCCUCCCCUCCGCGGGGAUCCUCCCCUCCGCGGGGACCCCCUCCGCCGCAACUCCCGCGGAUCUGCGCGAGCAGGGGUUGAACCUCUUCGCCAGCCUCCUUCCGCUUCUCUACACUCCGCGCUGCGCCGCCACCGCCGCCAUCGCCGCUUCCCCCGCCGGGGAGAAGCUCAAGCGCGCGCUCGCGUCGUCUCCGGCGGCUGCCGGUAUGUUCGAGGCUUUCGCCAACCGGCCGCAGCCGUCCCCCGCGCCGCUCGCGUCGCCGAUGCUGUUUGAGCAGUUUCAGCAGCAGAUGCAGCAAUGGCCCGCGCCGCAGGUGGAGCAACAGGAGCAGUCCGAGCCGCAGGUGUCGGAGUCGAUCGCCGCGCCGCAGACGGAAGAGGAUAUGGACGAAGCGCUCCCGGAAAUCGAGAGCCCGAACAGCGUCGACGUGACCUCGCCGCACCGCGACUUUGACGACGGCGGCCUUGACGAGCCGCCGACUUCCGCCGCCGCCGCUACCGGCCCUGCCGCCGCUGUCCCCGCUCCGGCCUCCGUCGCUCCCAUCCCGUUCGCCACGGCCAAUCCGACCGUUGAGGAGAACGCUGUCGUUUCCGCCUCUGUCCCUCUCGACGCUCCCGCCGCUACAAUCGCCGCGAAACUGGAACCGGUUUCCACGGAGGAGGCGGGAACAGCGGCGGCUUCCCCGGCGGCGCCUGCCGCGGAGCCGCUGGAUGACGGUUACUUUUGGCGCAAGUACGGGCAGAAAGCGGCGAAGGGCGCGGCGUAUCCGCGCGCGUAUUUCCGCUGCGCCGUUCCCCGCUGCCCGGCUAAAAAGACGGUCGAGCGUUCGUCCGAAGACGGCAGCACGAUGGAAAUCGUUUACCGCGAGGAGCACAACCAUCCACGUGGCACUCUCCCCGGCCGCCGCGCGUCCCCCGCGUCGCAGGGCGGGGCGGGAGGGGCGCGCGUUUUAGUGACUGAGGAUAUGGGCGGGUUUGGCAGCGGCGGGAGCGGAAUCCCGCCUUCCCCGGUCAAGGCGCAUCAGGCGCAGCCACAGCAGCAGCAGCAGCAGCAGCAGCAACAGGCGCAGACCCAGGUUCCUUCCGCCGCUUCCCCCGCCUUCCCCGCGUCCGCGGAUCCCGCCGCCGCAUCCGCCGCAGCGGGGCUCGCGCUGCUGGAAAUGUAUUCCCCCGCCGAUCUCGCGGCCGCUGCUGUAAACGCCACCGCUGUUGUUACCGCCGCGACCGCCGCUGCUGAGGUGGCGCGCGGGCAUAUGAUCCGAUCCGCGUCGGACAAGGGAGCUCCGGAAGCAGCGGCAGGUUUGGCAGCAGGCUCGGCAGACGCUGGCGCGGUUCUUUUCCGGUCCGUAUCGGCUCCUAAGGAGGAGUGCGAUGAUCAAUCCUCCUCCGGGAAUACCGGCGGAAUUGCAGGAUUCUCUAGCGGUGCCCUUGCUGCUGUAGCUGCUCUCACGCGCGGGUCGGCCUUAGCCGUCGAACCGUCAAGUUGCAGCACGGGAAGCGCCGGUAGCACGGGUAGCCGUCAAAAGCGCCGGUCGAUGGAAGAAAUUGACACCACGUUCAGCCCAUCUUCCCCGAGCCUUCACUCUGCGAAAGGUAACUUUUCCGGAAGCAUUUCGCCUGCUGGGGGGAACGGCGGCCGGGGAAAAAGGAUGCGCACUGGGGGUGGCUCUGGCGGUAGGGGCAGCGGGGGGCGCGGAAGCGGAAGCGGAAGCGGGGGAGGAAACGCGGACGGACAGACGGUUACGAUGACGGUCGUGCAGGUGGAGGGAACCGGCCGGGAUGUGGUUGGCGACGUGGAGGAUGGUUACCGCUGGCGAAAGUACGGUCAGAAGGCGAUAAAAGCGAGUCCUUACGAAAGAAGUUAUUUCAGGUGUAGCAAGGAUGGUUGCGGAGCGAGGAGGGUUAUUGAACGCUGCCCGGAACAACCUGAAGAUGAGAGUGUAGCUGCGACUCACACGAAUCUGCUCGUGACUUAUAUCGGGGUGCAUUCCCACGCGCGGCCGUUCCGAGCCAAGGUUAUCUACAAGCCUGUUCCGGACGCUUCACAGGAACCUCCCUCGGAGGAGAAACCCUCUGCUGACGUGGCUCAAACGGAUCUGACCGAGGCUGAAGCAGGGGGAAAAGCCGACGCGAAUGCAAAUGCCACGUGGGCUGCUGGUGGUUCGGGCGCUGCUGCAGACAUGCAGAUGGCGAUGCCACAUCUCAGGGAUUUGAAGAUCGAAGAUUUUGGUGACCUUCCUACGCUGUGGUGA